AUGGGGGAGGGUCGGUGUGCUAGUGGAAGGCAAUGGGAGGGCGUUAAAGGAAAGCUACUGAAGGUAGUAGCUAGAGAUAAACCUGCUGAAUCUAUAACAGAUGCUCUAGUUAUCAGAGCUGAAGAAGCUGUUAUGCUGCUGAACGACUACAGUGGUGGACGUAUAGCUGUGAACUUUGCUACUAUUUUAGUAGACAAUGCAAACACCUUCGUUGACGCUUUCCUUCCCCCAGUCGAAGGAGAAUUGAAAGAAUUGGACUCUGCUGCUGAAACUUUGGUACCAAAGGCUUCAGCUCUGGCACUAAAAACUAGUCUGCGAAUCUACCGCACUCUCCACACUUUCGUGCAUCCUGAUGCUAGCUGUAUGGAUUUUUCAACUAUCCACCUCAUGAAGUUCUUACUUUCCUCUGCUAAACAAUGGUAUACAGCCGCUUUAGAACUUCCCUCUGCAGUAACUGGCAAAUUCAGUCUCAUUCUGGCUAUCCAUCCAACGGAAAGGAUUACUCUUUACCUCAGUUAUUUGAGUAAUGCAAUUCGCCCUUCAUCAGCAGCUGAAAUACGUACCUAUGCUCACGACGUUGCUGUUAAACUUGAAUCCAUGUUGAAAGCUCUCGUGGUUAUCAUUGGAGAUUGGAUGAAGACUGCAAUAGAGAAUCAGAGGGUUCUCGCUGAACAUUCUCCUAAAAGAGUCCUAGCAGCCUCUAAAACGGAAUCUCCUGAAAUGGAGCUGUCGCCAAUGGCCUCUGUUACAGACAUUACUUCUAGUAAUGGAAUUAAGGAAGAACAAAUGGUUGUGUAAAGCCUUUAAACUGAACCUGCAACUCCAAAUAUCUUCCCUUGGCAUUCUUCCAUGAAAUUCAGACAUCCCCCUCGCCAAGCCAGCUCUGCGAGACAUUGCAAAAGCAGGUUUAUGAAAGUCAAAUUCAUUUAGGCUUUCAGCUAACUAUGCUAGAAAGUUUGGCUGUUCAUUGGUUCUGGUAAAUUACUCUACCUUUUGAUAGAGAAUUUAUUAUAAAUAAAUGCAGUUUACUUA